AUGGAGUAUAUUGCAUAUACCGAUGCAAAAUUUUAAUUUCUGGGAACUCGUAAACACUUCUUUCGGGAUAAACAAUAUUAUGUGAGUGUUUUUGAGGAUUGCUUUAUAAUGGGCAAUGUAAUUCUCAAAAUAAUAUUUGAUUAGACAUGCGAUACACAAUCGCCAAAGUACAAAAUAAGUUUUGAUCUCAAUAUCAAAUUAAAUUGGGACUUGAAAAAGCAGGAAAAUGGUGUAAUUAUCUAAUCAUUUGUUUUUCCAUACAAAAAUUCAUUUAAGACUCUCUAUGCUAAGCAUGAUGAUUUAAUGAAGUAACUUGAAUAUUUUAUUCUUAUAUUUGUCAGAUUCAAAGAACUGCUUGGUCAAUCAGUGACUUAUGAAGGCAUUGGCGAUCUCUAUCUUCCAAUUUUGUAGAUUGGGAAAGGCAGUUCAGCUAAAGUAAAAUGCAAAUUAAUUUCAGGUUUAUAGUGCUUAAGACAUUUUGAAUUAAAAUAUUUAUGCGAUCAAAGCCAUAGAGAAAUCAUUUUUAAAUUAGACUGAAAAAGGCUCUGGUUUAGUAAUACUAACAUUUUUAUCAAUUAGGCUGCUUAUAAAAUGGAAGUGCAGAUCCUUAAAAUCUUAUCUCCUUAUUCUAAGAACUUUCUCACCUUAAAGGAGAUAUAUGAAGGUGAUCACACUUUCUAUUUGGUGACAGAUUAUCUAGAGGGCACAACUCUGAGUGAAGAAAUAGAAAAAGCCAAAGUAAUAUUGAUGUUAUAAAUAGAAUCUUCCAGAUCGUAGGCUGCCAAUAUAAACCAUCAAAGUAUUAAUGUACAAAUUAUUAACAAGUUUAGUUUUACUGCAUGAAAACAACGUAUUUCAAAUAUUAUAUAAUGUAAGAUCAUUCAUAGAGAUCUCAAACCAGACAAUCUGAUGUUUGCCAAAAAAAACGAUUAUUCUUCCUUAGUUUUGGUUGAUUUUGGAUUGGCUACACUUGAAACCCUUGAUAAGUAUGCAUAUUAAGCGAAUGAAUAUUAGAUUUCUGUUUCCUAAAUGUGGCACUCCGGGAUAUGUUGCACCUGAGGUUCUUAACUUAAAUUAUGAAAAUAAAUACACAACAAAAGUCGAUAUUUUUAGUAGUGGUUGUAUUCUUUAUAAAUUAUUGACUGGAAAGAGCAUUUUUGGAGGAAAAACCUUUGAUGAUGUUCUAAUAACAAACAAAAAAUGCUACAUUGAUUUGGAUCUUCCAAUUGAUCAUGUUUAUGUAACAGAUCUUUCUCUCGUAAUCAAUUUACUUUACUAUUAUUCUAGAAUUUAUUAGGAUAACUAUUAAAUAAAAAUGCCAAGUAGAGAAUAAGUGCUAGAUAAGCACUUUGUCAUCCAUUUUUUGAGUAAAUCAAUGAGCAGAGCACUUAGGCUUUAUCCGCGUUUGUAACAAAUGUAAAGUUUAGUCAAAAUGGGAAUCUGAAUUUACAAUGUGAAGAAUAGACAUCUAAAUACGAUGUUGAGGAGUAUCAGAUUAAUAGUGAGAUGAGGGAGGAGGAAUAGAAUACUAUUACAAUUCCUCAGACUAAAAGAUGUUCUUUAAUGAACGAAGUCUAAUCUCUGUCUAGAUCUCCAAUGAAAUUUUAUCAAAAGGAACCACUAUCUGCAAUUAGAUUCUUAAAAUUUAUGGAUUUGGCUAGUCCCAAGGGAGAUUCAAAUGAAAUUAUAAGUAAUGAUUUACAAAGCUGA